AUGGUAGAAACAGACAACCAAACCAAAAGCCCCGAGGGCUCUCCUGCCGGAGAUGACGGCAGUCACUCCGGUGCAGGCAAAGCGCCCAUGGCAAAGGACAAGAUAUGUCAGUAUUGUCAUCAGGCCUUUACGUCUUCGUCGCUGGGUCGGCACCUCGACCAGUAUCUUUUCAAGAAAAAACCCGAUGGCAUUCACAACGUCGAUGAGAUCCGUCGCAUUCGCAGCAGCAUCACCCGACGACAGGCCCGUACCUCCGGCAAACGUGACAGUCCAGACAUUGGCAGUGGAAAGAACCAGGUCGAUUCUGCAGGAAGUACGACCCACGACUCUGCCGGGCGACCGCGAGAAGGCCCACGGUUUUUAUUCAACACGCCGACCUGGCAUUCAACCGGUGUAAUAAACAAUAUUCCCGAGAUGGUGUCGCAGGAGACUGCAAAUCCGACGCGUACCCCAGCCUUUCAGUCGCGCGCAGCUCCAAGCGGGCCUUGGGAUUAUUCCAAUCGUGUCGCGGCGACGAAAGAUGCGGAUAACACAAGAGCACUGGAGCUUGCUUUGCGUGAAGUUUUGGAUAGCAUUAAAGCUGCGACUGAGACAACACGCACCCGCCUCGCACCUUUCGAAUUCGACGUCCAAGCUCAGACGUAUCCCUCCCUUGUACUACACAUGCUUCCUGCUCCACCAACGCUCUUCGCUACACACCCUUUUCCUACCACAGGGUCCUUUCCAUUAGACCCGCCCGGUGUAGGUCAAGUUGAGGUUGUUCGACAUGCCCUUCGAGCACAUAUUGAGCAGUGGCGAAAUGAACAAUUCGCUACACCUUCGACAAAUCAAAGUGGUUCUCGUGACGGUUCUGUCGCGCAGGACCCGAAUCUGAUUAAUCGGACAGCCCAGCAACACGACGAAAUGAGUGCACGACAUCUCGAUCUAGCCUACCAAAACUGGAUGGUGCUACCGAACGAUGUGAAAAAGGAUGCGUGGCUCUUAGAGAUUACUAGAGCAUUUGCGCGUGAGACAGAGAAACGGAAAGAGUCCGAAAAACAAUUUGCUAGAGUGCAGCAGGAAGCAAAUCAACUCCGAGCGCAAAUUGAAAAGCUAGGAUCUUGCCAAUGGCCUCGCGAGUUUGCCCUGUUCCCUCCCGACAUGCUCCCAUUAUCUCGUGAUGCUGCCCGUGAACUGACUGCACAUGAUAGCGAUACUAUUGGACCUGGGGCUGGAAGAUGGGAUUAUGACCAUCUUCUUGCUAAGUGGAGACGUGUUGUAUUCCAUGAUAAAAGUAUGGGACGCGUCGGGUUAGGUUCCUACGGGGAUACCGAGGACCCAGCAUUAGAUUCUGCGUACCGCUCCAAGAUAAACGCCUCGACACCAGAAAGUCACACAACCAGCCCAGUUGUUGGGCAUUCUCAGUCUCAUUCUAGCGGUCCAUCCAAUCAGCAGACGUCAUCUUACGCUUCUUAUGAUUCCAAUCGAAAUACUUCCAGUGGUCCCCAGGCAAAAAGACCACGGCUAAUGAACGGAAUUGCAAAAAACUCGAAUGGCAAUCCAGAUGGUGAUGCCUACCGUGCUAGCCCACAAAAUGGAAAUUCUACAGCAUGGAGCCCCGGAUCUGUACAGUCACUUCUAUCAAACAACCCACAACCCCCUGCUUCGACCUCCUUUCACCGGUACGGGACUUCGUGA